CAUGAUCAUUUUUUUGUGUGAGCAGGAUACAGCCUGGUCAUCUCGGAAGUUGCUUUCUUCUUUAGAAUAACAAAUAGUCCCGUUAAAUCUGACAAGUCCACCGACUCGUCCUACUGUUGCAAUGCCUUGUCUGCUAUGCCCGUCUCUCUUGUGCUGCCUCGUCCUCCUCCUCCUUCCCUUUCCAUUAGGCUCCAGUUCUGCGUCUAAUGGGGAUACAGAGGUCAUAACCAGCAGUGGCCCUAUUAAGGGCAAGCAGGUCCUGGCUGGCCUUGGGUCUGUGACAGCCUAUCUAGGCAUUCCUUAUGCUGAGCCUCCCCUGGGGAAGUUGCGUUUCCAGAAACCUCUUCCACAUCCGCCAUGGAAGCAAACAUUGGAAGCCACCAGCUUUGGCAAUUCCUGUCCUCAAUUUAUUUUCCGGGAUGUCCCUGAAGCAGAGAUAUGGUUUCCUAAAACACCACUGUCAGAAGAUUGCCUUUCCCUCAACAUCUGGGUGCCACACCCACAACCUUCUUCACCAGUCCCUGUUUUGGUCUGGAUACACGGAGGGGGAUAUUUAAUGGGCACAUCUUCUCUGGAGUUGUUCAACGGGGCAUCCUUGGCUGCUGCUGAGAACGUCAUUGUGGUCACCAUCAAUUAUCGCUUGGGAGCCCUGGGCUUUCUGUACUUGCCACCAGCUGCUCCAGGGAACCUAGGCUUAUGGGACCAACAGCUGGCCCUGAAGUGGGUAAAAGAGAAUGCAGCUGCCUUUGGGGGAGAUCCUUCUCGGGUGACCAUUUUUGGCCACAGUGCUGGAGGAUCUUGUGUGAAUCUCCAUCUUCUCGCACCAAAAAGCCAGGACCUUUUUGCCCAAGCCGUGAUCCAGAGUGGAACAGCCAAUGCCUUCUGGGCUUGGAGGUCUCCUGAGGAAGCCAAACAAAAAUCACUGGAAUUUAUUCAUCUACUAGGUUGUUCCAAGGACAAUACUGUCAGCAUAGUGCAUUGUCUGCAAACAAAAAAUAUUUCUGAAUUUAUUCGGCAUGAAAUAGCUCUGUACUUCAAAGGUGGCUUCCUUGUCAAUUUUCUCUCCAAGCCAACCACAGAUGGGGAGUUUUUGCUUGGUGAUCCAGAAAAGCUCAUGGAGGAGGGGCAAAUUCAGGCCAAACCAGUCCUCAUAGGUGAAACCUCUGAUGAAGCAGCUUUAUUUGUCCCCUAUGUUUUCCCUAACAUCACCCACAAUCUCAUCAAUCAGGAGCAGCUUUUGAAAGGGAUAAGAAUGUUGGUGCCAAAUGCAACUGAAGAUUUUAUUCGGACUAUUGCAGUGAAGUACAUUGAAGGAAAUCACGGCCCAGCACAAUACCGUUCUGCUAUGUCCCAUUUCUAUACAGAUCGGAUCAUUGCAUGUCCAUUGAGGGAAGCUGCAGGAAAUAUCAGGAAAACUGGGAGUCCUGUAUAUGCCUAUUUAUUCGCACAUCGCCAUUCAGGGUCAGUUUGGCCUGAAUGGAUUGGGGCAAUUCACGAUGCUGAGAUUCCUUUUGUUUUUGGAACCCUUGAAUCAAUGCUGCCUGCCAAUCAAACAUACACAGAGGCUGAAGCCAGGCUAAGACGUAAGAUGAUGUACUACUGGGCAGAGUUUGCCAGAACUGGGAAUCCCACUGGGUUAGCAGCCAGCAAGGAUGAGUGGGCACUCUAUAAUGCCACAGAGCAGAAUUUCUUCCUUCUUAAUACUGAGCCAUUCCAGGAAAGGGUGAUAGAGCACUGUGAUUUUUUAAAGAGCCUUUUUUCAAAGACUGAAGAGACACACAAGUCCGAAGGUGAUUCUGUUUCAUCGGACUAGGAAGAAGACAGCAGGAAUCAAUCAAGACUUCUCUUUAAAGCCUGGGCAAAUGAUGACAAGCUGCACCAGAGAAUCUUCCAGAAGCAUCCAUUGUCCUUUCAGAGACUGACUGGUGGGAACUUGGGAGACAAAUAAGGAAACAACUAAAACCCACAUCACUUUUGCUGUUAAAAUAAUAAAUUGCUAGGAGUAAUUUGUUACAUCUUGAUUUGAGACAGGCUUUUAAUUAAUCCAGCUCCCUCAAUAAAGAACCUCUUAAUAAAUACUGUUUGAAUUCUUAGGAUAAAAAUCCCUUUAUUUUCACAACAAUGUCAGAACUUGACGCAAUAUGAAAAAACAAAUAAAGGAAACAAGAAUUCUGCCAAAUUUUGCUAUAACCUAAUGACUCACAUAUCUUUUUCUUAGAGCUGAGAUCCUUAAAUGUAAUAAACGGACAGGUUUAUUCCAUCAAAGAUAACAUAUCAAACCAGUUUUGUCUUUUCCAGUUUCCAGUUGUAGAAAGUUAGCACCCACCCCUCUCUUAGAAGAAUGAAAGAUUUUAGGAAAUAUUAAAAAGGCAGAAUAUUAUAUUUCCCUGGAUGAGAAAUGGAGAAACAAUUCUCUUGGAAAGCAGCCCCCACCUUUCUUAAUAGCAAACAGCAGAUGUCAGCACUUAAGAGAUAAAGAGAUACCUAGUAGCUCUAUUCAUAAGCAAAUUCCCUACAGCAAAGUCUGAACAAAGGUAGGAUUAUCCCUCAGCCAUAAUGGGAAUUCCCCAACAAGCCCCUUCAUUGUAUCAACCAAACUAUAACCAUGCUUAGCUCAGACAAACUCCUAGGAUUUGUCCAUGGCCUCAUGGGAGUCUGACAAAAGCCAAUAGAAUACAUGUUCUUGAACAGGAAUAGGAAGUUCAAGUGCAAAGCCCAAGAGAAGGUAUAAAUACCCCCACUCUCAACUCCAUGUGGUCAGCUGCCCAGAACAAUAUGCUUGAUAGUUCUGCUUCAUCAAUAAAUGGACUCUCUUUCC